UGCUUUUCGCGUGUGCACACAACUCUACCGAAAGGAAAGCACUAACAAGCUGCAGCAGUACAUAGCACCAGGAGGCUUAACGCAGGAAAAAAUGUAAUGCGAAAAAUGGCUGAAUCGAAAAGAUCUACAACAACAUCAUCCUCGUCCAGUAGCAGCAAGUCGCGAAAAUCGCGCAGUGAGUUGAUUCGCACCGUCGUCGGCAGUUAUCUGAAGCAGCGCAACUACGUGGUGAAUGACCUCUACCGAAAAUCAGAUUUGAUAUUAACGCAAUCCGCCGAACAAAUCGUAAUGAACACUGCCAUCAAGAACGAAAUUUCCAAGGCAAAUAGUUUCCUGUUUUCCAACAUUUUCUGCCUAAACAACAAUCCAGCUCAGGUUGAUCAGCAUUUUGUCAAACUAUGCAACUUUAUUAAGUGCCAACCGGAGCAGGUUCGGUACGAACUAUCGGAGCUAGUUCACCCUUUACUUUGCCAUUUGUACAUCGAAAUGUUGAAAGGGCGCGACUGGCGUCCGGCAAUCGAAUUCCUGCGUAAGCAUGCUCCCCUGUUAGGCCGUAUAGAACCUUCAUCGGCACCGACUGGCAAUUCCCCUCUGAUUAUGAACCAGAAAAUUAACGGCACCGUCGAAGAUCAGCAGACGGGUGGCAUCCCGGCUGCCACCGUGCAGCAUGCGGCGAUUGUAUAUUCGACGUCGACGACAGCCGUGGCCACUGUCAGUACCGAUGCCGCUGCUCUCAAGCUGGAAUCGUUCAAACAGUUAAUCAGCAAACUGUCCCAAGUCACCCGCAUUCAGGAUCUGGAGAAUGACCAACUCACGCUGCAGUUCCGUUCCUGUCAGUAUGAAAUUCGCCUGUGUCAGGCGGCUGUUACCGCACUGCGUCGAUAUUUGGCCAAGUACGGCCAUUCGCUGAUACUGCAAAUCCUGCGUAAUUGGUUCUACUUUGACACCAGCGACGACAAGGAUUUUUCCGACUAUAGCCCUGACAUGGUGGCACCGAAACAGUCGAAGAAACCUCGUCUUGUAGCUGCCAACGGGUCGGAAUUGAUCAACGGAAGCAUUGCUAUGGAGCUGGACGGUGCGGAUGCUCCAGAACCGGAGUACAACUUUUCCGAACAUACAGAGUCGGAAAACAUUAAAUACUUACUACGGAAUGGUUUUAGUCAUAGUUUUAUGUGCUACAAAAUUCGUCAGCUCAGUGCUGAAAGUUUUGAGGCGGACGGCAGCGGGUUGGAGAAUCGCGGGCGAUCGGCCGAACUUUCGACAAUGGAUAUGGAUGACGAUGAUGAUGAGGAUGAUACCACGGGAUAUAUGCCGUCACUCGAGGACCUACCUGCUAAGCUGGAGGAUGGAUCUUUUCCAGAUGGUAACGAGCCGCACCUGGCGGAUGACAUUGGAGGUUUGUUUCGCAAAAUGACUUCAGUGGAGCGGUUGCGGAAGCUACGCGAAUGCCAGCAAAAGUUGUCUCAGUAUCAGGCGCCGCUUUGUAUCUAUCAGGUGGAGAACGUUGACGAACGGUUAACUUCAGUGGCAAUCGAUCCGGACAGUUGCCACCUGGCCAGUGGUUUCGAAGAUUCUUCCAUUCUUAUAUGGUCCGUUAGCCGAAGUACGCAGCUUGGCCAUAAGCCGUACGCUACGCUUCGGGAUCGGCGCUGCAGCUGGAAUGUGACUUCCUGUGAUAGUAGGUUUAGUGAGGACGACGAAGAGGAUGGGGAUAAUGACUUUAGCAUGAGAACGGAAGAAACCACUUCGGAGUACGAAAGUGCGGGGAACUCAAGUGGCUUGAGGAACUUGUUUUGUACCAAAUCACGGGCGGAGAUCGAAAGGUUGAACAAGCUGUUGCCCGUUUACAGCAGACGACAAAGUAAACGCGAACGGUGGAAGCAUUUUAUGGAGCGUCGGUGCAGCGAAAAUGUUUAUACCGAAACUGGCGGACUAGCAUUGCGCGGUCAUUCGAACGCCGUGACCGAUCUCCUCUUUUCCGGUCACAAUCCACUGUUGCUGAGCGUUUCGCGGGAUCGAACGAUGCGCGCAUGGCACGCGUCCGACUACAACUGCCGGGCGGUCUACCGAGGUCACAAUCAUCCUCUCUGGUGCGUUGCGGAGAGCCCUACCGGGCUGUAUUUGGCCACCGGGUCGCGGGACACGACGGCGCGUCUGUGGUCCACCGACCGCGAGUUUCCCCUGCAGAUUUAUGUUGGUCAUACGCAGGACGUGGACACGGUUGCUUUCCAUCCGAAUGGCAAUUACCUGGCUACCGGAUCGACUGACCUGACCGUGCGGCUGUGGUGUGUCUCCAGUGGGAAGUUGUUUCGUAUCUUUACCGAUUGUCGACAGCCGAUCCAAACGAUUUGCUUCAGUCCGGACGGAAAGUACCUCGCGGCCGGUGGUGAAGAACACCGAGUUCGGAUCUUCGAUCUAGCCGCCGGUUCACAACUAACCGAAUUGCGCGAUCACACGUCAGCAGUGACCUGCGUCAGUUGGAGUCCGAACAGUCGCCAGUUGGUAUCGGCCGGUGCCGAUGGCACAGUACGUAUUUGGGAUGCCAUUCGAAUGGUUUCAACUACUUCCACAUCCAGUGGCAGUACGUCAACUGGUGGCAGCCAGCAUAAUACAAUUAAUAGUCCUAACGCUGUGGCCAAUGUCGCCGCCGGCAACAACAAUGGAAUCAGCGUAAGCAAUCAUACGAACCAGAAAAGUUCCAAUCCCAGUGGAUCUUCGUCGUCAAGCAAUAAUCUCCUGCUGGCCUAUUCGACUGGUUGCCGACGAAUUUACCGGUUGCACUUCAAUCACCUCAACGGAAGUCUCGGUUGCAUAGGCAGCAGCUAAAACGCAUGCAUGUUAAGUAUUAUUUAUUGCUAUUGUUUUUUCGUCCCCAUCCUGCUCUUCCCCUUUUUCAAUAUACUCAAGAGUGUUCCGUUGUUGAACCCGUCGCGCCAGCGCGUUUAGUUUAAAUUAGGUUCCCUAGCCAGAGAACGAGAGAAGCAAUGCAAUGCGGAAGAGUUGCGAGCGAAUAUAAUAAACACUUCUGCAUCUACUGAAUGUUGCAAACUUAA